CGCAUGUGUAUUGGUCAUAGCUUAGUGCCACACGCCCCAUUCAUUUCGCCGACGAUUAUUGAAUCCUCUUUCAGUGUCACCAAUAGCCUUGAAACCAGUUGAACUGCAAAAUGCGUGAGAUCGUACACAUCCAAGCCGGCCAGUGUGGUAACCAAAUCGGAUCUAAGUUCUGGGAGGUCAUUUCCGAUGAGCACGGUAUCCAACCCGAUGGGUCGUACAAAGGAGAAAGUGAUCUUCAGCUGGAGAGAAUCAACGUGUACUACAAUGAGGCUCAUGGAGGAAAAUACGUACCUCGCGCUGUUUUGGUCGAUCUUGAGCCAGGAACCAUGGAUUCAGUGCGCUCUGGAACAUUCGGAGCAUUGUUCCGUCCAGAUAACUUCGUAUUCGGACAGUCUGGUGCUGGAAACAAUUGGGCCAAGGGACACUACACUGAAGGAGCAGAACUCGUCGACAGUGUUCUGGAUGUAGUCCGCAAAGAAGCUGAAGGAUGCGAUUGUCUACAAGGAUUCCAACUUACCCAUUCGCUUGGAGGUGGUACUGGAUCGGGCAUGGGUACGCUUCUGAUAGCCAAGAUUCGUGAGGAAUACCCCGAUCGAAUCAUGGCGUCAUUCUCAGUCGUGCCUUCCCCCAAGGUCUCGGACACAGUAGUCGAGCCUUACAAUGCCACCUUGUCUGUUCACCAGCUUGUCGAGAAUACUGAUGAGACUUUCUGCAUUGACAAUGAAGCGCUGUACGAUAUUUGCUUCCGCACUCUGAAAUUGACCAAUCCAACAUACGGAGAUCUAAAUCAUUUGGUAUCUGUGACGAUGUCUGGAGUUACAACAUGUCUUCGAUUCCCUGGCCAGCUGAAUGCUGAUCUACGAAAACUUGCUGUCAACAUGGUACCAUUCCCACGUCUGCAUUUCUUCAUGCCAGGAUUCGCACCAUUGUCGGCCAAGGGCUCGCAAGCCUAUCGUGCCUCAACGGUUGCUGAGCUGACACAGCAGAUGUUUGAUGCGAAGAACAUGAUGGCUGCUUGCGAUCCUCGUCAUGGACGAUAUCUCACCGUUGCCGCAAUGUUCCGUGGACGAAUGAGCAUGCGCGAAGUUGACGACCAGAUGAUGUCAGUACAAAAUAAGAAUUCGUCAUACUUUGUCGAAUGGAUUCCUAACAAUGUGAAGACUGCUGUGUGCGAUAUCCCACCACGUGGACUAAAAAUGGCUGCCACUUUUGUUGGUAACUCAACAGCUAUCCAGGAGCUAUUCAAGCGCAUCUCUGAGCAGUUCACCGCUAUGUUCCGCCGAAAAGCCUUCUUGCAUUGGUACACUGGCGAGGGUAUGGACGAGAUGGAGUUCACCGAAGCUGAGUCGAACAUGAACGAUUUGGUCUCCGAAUACCAACAAUAUCAAGAAGCCACUGCUGACGAUGAAGGCGAUCUCGACGGAACAGUUGAGAACGAGACUUAUCAGGAUCAGGAAGAAUAAGAAUGCUCGUUACAUAAUGCAUCUCAUUUCUAUGACAGCUAUAGACACUGCGUAUUUUUUCUUUGCAAACAGUUCUUUUUGUCUACGAUGACUUUUGUUUUAUUUCCUAAUCACAACGCUUGUUGUUAUUCGUUUCCUUGAGCUUCCCGAUGAGUAGCAGACUUGGUCAACUGUUGAAAAGUCUCGAAAUAUCCGUAAUUUUGUAAUGUUAUCUCAGUUCACAAGUUAUGAAUGAAGAUCUGUUCAUUUUUAAUCAGUGUAAAGGAG